AUGUCUCUCGCAGAACUCAACCGCAAAUAUUUCGACACCAUAUCCGACUCGUAUGACACCAAGCCCUGGUUCGCUGCAGUCAACACCCAAGUCGCCGACGAACUACGCUCUCGGCUUAACUGGAUCGGCAUCCCGUUCGCCAACACCGGUUCCAGCGCUGAUGGCUCCGAAGUCCGACUCUUGGACUACGCAUGCGGCACUGGACUCAUGACACGGACCUUCGGGCCCUAUGUGACCAGGACGCUCGGCAUCGACAUCUCACCCAACAUGGUUUCCACCUUCCAGUCGCGCGCCGCCAGCGCCGGCCUGCCUCGGUCGACCGUCGACGCCGUCGUCGGCGACCUCUUCGACAAAGCUAACCCCCAACCUGCCGAGUUUGCAGGGAAAGAGUGGUGGGACUUCGACCUGGCGACUGUCGGCUUCGGCUUCCACCACUUCGAAGACGUUGUCCACGCAGCCACGCAGUUGAAGGAGAGACUGCGGCCCGGUGGCGCACUGGUGAUUAACGAUUUCCUCGAGGGCGGCGACGUGCUCGCGGACGAGCAUGGCCGUCCUGUAGAAGGAAGUCAAGGUAAUCACGCAGUGCACAAGCAUGGUCAUGGCCACAGUCACUCGCAUGGACACAAGCAUGGCGACGACGGCACACAUCAUGACUCCCUCGACCACGCACACAAGCACCAGCACAACCCGGACAGCGCGAGCCAAGACUUCACCAAACACGACCCAGAGCUGCGCAAGAAAAUGAUGGACUCGAUCGUAGUGCCGCACUUCACCAUGGACGGCGUGAAGCAGUUCUUCACCGACGCAGGAUUCGUCGAUGUCGACGUCGUCACGCUGAAGGAGCGGUCGUACAUGGAAUUUGGCGGGAAGAAGUUGUGGCGGACGAUACUGAUAGCCAAGGGGCGACGGCCCGAGGUGGCAGGAAAGAGCGAGUUGUGA